AUGGCCCCGCCCGCGCUCUUCGUGGCCGCGUCGACGCUGGCGGGAGUCUUCUGGGCGGCGGUGCUCGCCUUCGCCGCGUACCACUGGAGGCUGGCGGCCGCCCUGGCCGCGGGCGAAGACGGCGGGCACCUCGACGUCCGGAGGCUCGUCCAGGAGUUCUCGGCCGGCCUGCUGCUGGUCCUGCUGGCCUGCUGCGGCGCGCUCUUCGAGGUGCGCGAGGCGCGGCGCGCGCUUCCGCGGCGCGCCGCCGCGGAGGAGGAGGGCUGGUGCGCGUCGUGCCGCUGGCUGCUGCGCCACCGGACGCGGCGGGUGCUCAUCGCCUGUGGCUACCUCGCGACCGCGGGCUUCCUCAGCGACCCGGGCGCCAGAGAUGGCAGCCCGGCGGCCGACGCAGCGGGGCUGGCCAUCCUCUGCCUCGGCGCCUGCGUGGCCGCGCUCCGCCUCGCGGCCGCACUCUGGCCGCGCGCUGCGGCCCAGGCCGAGCUGCUCGCCGCGCCGGGCGCGGGCGCGGGCGCGGCGGCGGCCCUGUCGGGGAGAGCGAGCCUGAUCGCGAGGGGUCCUGGCGGGACCACUCGGCCCCCGCGGUGCUGCAGGCUUCAGCGCCGCCUUCGAGCUUCGAGGGGCGCGGGGGUGAGCCUCGUCGCCGGGGCCGCCGCCGGGGGGCUGGGCGAACCCGUGGGCCGAGGUGCAGUGAGCACGCGGCGUGCUCCAGCCGGCCACGCCCGAGAGGCCGGGCUUCAGGGCCCCCCGAAGCCAGGACCUCACACACCAGGAAUGUUUCGACCCAUGGCUACAGUUUUUUGGGGCGCUCCAAUGUCCUGGAUUCUCGAAGUCUCCGUUUAG